AUGAGGUUAAAGGCAACUGCUGAAAGAUUUGGAACAGAGGAACGUGGCUACUCUGAACCAGACCACUGUGAUAUAGAGUCACCAGCAGCCCUGGAGGAGGCUAAGACCUCAGGUGCUCCUGGGAGCAUGGCAACACCCCCAGAGGCUCACAACCCUCGCUGUUCCCUGCCCCUGACACCCAGGAUGGAAAGCCACUCAGAGGAGGAUGAUCCAACCUGGGCUGGCAGUGGCCUGGACUGGAACAGUAGGGGUCCCAGGAUCCAGAGCCCAGGGAGCUGCUCAGUGGAAGCUGUGCUGGGUCAUAAGAAGCACCGGCGGCGGCCUUCUAGGCGCAAGCGGGACUGGUGACCCUACCUGGAGCUGAGCUGGGCUGAGAAGCAACAACGGGAUGAGAGGCAGAGCCAGAGGGCCUCACAGGUCCGUGAGGAGAUGUUUGCUAAAGGCCAGCCCGUGGCACCCUACAACACCACCCAGUUCCUGAUGAAUGACCGGGAUCCCGAGGAGCCCAACCUGGAUGUGCCCCAUGGCGCCUCCCACCCAGGCUCCAGUGGGGAGAGUGAGGCUGAUGACAGCGACGGGCAAGGCCGAGCUCAUGGUGAGUUCCAACAGAGGGAUUUCUCUGAGGCCUAUGAGCGCUACCACACAGAGAGCCUGCAGGGCCGCAGCAAGCAGGAGCUGGUGCAAGACUACCUGGCUCUGGAGCAGCGGCUGUCACAGGCUGAGGAGGAGACAAGGAGGCUGCAGCAGCUGCAGGGGUGCAGGAGCCAGCAGCCCUGUUGCCAGGUAGAGAAACUGGCUGCUGAGGUAGAGAGGCUCCGGACUGAGAACCAGCGGCUUCGGCAGGAGAAGGAGAUGUGGAACCGCGAGGGCAGCUGCCAGGGUGGGGUGCUGGGCACCUAGGGGUGCCCCCCAUCCAGGUUGACCAAGGGAGAAGGUUCCAUUUCAUACAUGUUCAGACCAGCGAAGUCUCAAGGAGGCAGGUGGCAGAUGAAAACCAACCUCAGGACUCCUGAGCCCCUGAGAACAGCUAAAAUAGGUUCAGACUUCCACUUUGUCAUUUCUGCAAUUUGUUCUUUGACACGAUCUUAUUUUUCCCAAAGAAAUUAAAUGGUUUUGAUGAGAUCAAAUGCGAGUGGCUAGGAUU